AAGAUCAACUGUCACAUUUUAGAAAAGUUUGCUAAAUACAGCAAGAGCAGAAAUAUUUAGCAUGUACUGUAAUCUCUCAUUUCAGAAUUAAUAAAUGGGUAUUACUCAACUCCAAACAAAUUAGAGACUGGUUAACUGGCAGUUUAAUAUUGGGCUGGUUGGUUAGAUCCAGCAGCGUUGUUGCUGUCAGCAGUUCAAAGUCUGCGCAUUUAUUCUGUUACUCAAGAGUCGUGCUGCUUCAGUCAUGGCAGAUCCCAGUCCUGCUAAAACGCUAAACUUUAACGUUGGUGUCCUCGGCCAUGUGGACAGUGGAAAAACGUCUCUCGCCCGUGCGCUGAGCAGCACCGCCUCCACCGCAGCCUUCGACAAGAACCCGCAGUCCAAAGAACGAGGCAUCACGCUGGAUCUCGGAUUUAGCGCGUUCACGGUGCCGUUACCGGAGCACCUGAAAGAGUCCUGCGGGGAAAGACAAUACGACAGUCUGCAGUUCACACUGGUGGACUGCCCAGGACAUGCCUCUCUUAUACGCACUAUUAUUGGGGGUGCUCAGAUCAUCGAUCUGAUGAUGUUAGUAGUUGACGUUGUGAAAGGCAUGCAGACACAAACGGCAGAGUGCCUUUUGAUUGGUCAGCUUACCUGCUCCCACAUGAUCGUCAUCCUCAACAAAACAGACCUGUUGCCUAAUGACAAGAGACAGGCAGCUAUUGACAAAAUGACCAAGAGGAUGCACAAAACUCUUGAGAACACAAGAUUUAAAGGCUGUCCUAUUAUUGCUGUAGCAGCAAAGCCAGGUGGUCCUGAGGCCCCAGAAACAGAUGAGCCACAAGGAAUAACUGAACUCAUAGACUUAUUGAAGGCCCAAGCAUUCUUUCCUCAAAGAGAUCCAUCAGGGUCUCUUUUAAUGGCUGUAGAUCACUGCUUCUCCAUCCGUGGCCAAGGAACAGUCAUUACCGGGACCAUCCUACAAGGGUCCCUUAGUGUCAAUGAUAAUGUGGAAAUACCAGCAUUAAAGGUAACUCGCAAGGUCAAAUCUGUGCAGAUGUUUCGUAAGCCAGUUCCUAGUGCUAUGCAAGGGGAUCGAGUUGGUGUGUGUGUGACACAGUUUGAUCCAAAACUGUUAGAACGAGGUGUAGUAUGCACACCAGGCUCAUUGCAGACUCUUUACGCUGCUGUUAUAUCCGUCCAAAAGAUUGAAUACUAUCGUGGAGCACUUACCAGCCGUGCAAAGUUUCACAUCACCGUUGGACACGAAACUGUUAUGGCACGCAUUUCAUUUUUCAAUCGAGUGCUUCUAGGCGAUGAAAAUGGAGACUGUAACCCCAUCUCUCCAGAGCAAAAUGUAAAAUCUUUCUCGUUUGAUUGGGAGCUUCACCACUUGGAUGAGUAUUUGACUUGUCAGGCAGAAGGUGGGAGAGGGGAACCACAGCAGUGGGCUUUACUCGAGUUUGAACGACCGGUCACAUGUCCACCGCUUUGCUUAGUGAUUGGGUCACGACUGGAUUCGGAUAUCCACGGUAACGCAUGCAGGCUUGCCUUUCAUGGAAAGCUUCUAGAAGGCUUUGAGGACAAAAACUACACAGAGACAGCACUGCCUCGUCUCAAAAUCAGCAAAGACAAGCAGAAAGAAGGAGCAGUGGAACGGGUCACUGAUGACUACACUGUGAUUGGCCGAAACUUGUUUAAGAAGGAGACAAACCUUCAGCUGUUUGUGGGUUUAAAAAUUACACUGUCAACAGGAGAAACAGGAACCAUUGAAGGUAGCUUUGGCCAAAGUGGUAAAAUCAAAAUCAGAAUACCAGAGGGGCUGAAAGAAGAAACCAAGCAGCUUUUAUCCUCUUCCUCUAAGAAGAAGGGGAAGUGUGGGGCCAAAAAUGAAUCCUCCAAAUCGGAGGAAACUAAGCUUGAUGCUCAGCCAGUCACUAUACAUCUCAACUUCAAACGCUAUAUAUAUGAUCCCCAAAAAAAGAUGGUACAGUCCUGACCAUCAGUCCAGUCGUUCAUAAUAAAUGCUGGCAGGAAAGGGACACACUGAGCGUAUACUGAUAAAGUCUGGAUAUGCAACAUAAAUAUCUUGUACUUUUUUUUCUUGUGUGCAGAGUUUCUAUACUGCUACUUUGCACUCGUUUAUUCCUUCAAAUCUGGAAUAAUAAAAAUCAACAAAAGAGAAAAGGUCAUUCCUGUACUUAAUAAAUUCUGUUAUAUGACUGCUAAUAAAACAACUAUUAGCUAAACUGC